UAGAAAUAGUAUGUGUAACAUGACAAGAUAUUGAUUUUAUCAGCAUGUGUGUCGGCGAUGCCGCAGACGUGAUGUCCAUCACAACGGAUGCGGUGGCGACGCUGUACACGAAUCCAGCUGCUACCUUGCACCCUUGUCUGCAGGUCAUCCACGUCAAGGAGAUCCAAGAGGGUGUGUCGUCUCCGCACUGCGUGGUGGUGCUGUCGGACGGCGCGUAUUGCAUCUCGGGUCUCGUGGAGCCAGGAGUCUUGAUGGCAGAGGGAUCCUGCAACCGCAUCAUGCACGCAUGUUGCCUCGUCCAACUGGUGUCGUACACUCCGAAAUUCGUGGCCGGAAACCUCAUUAUCGUCGUGGAUCGUCUCGUGCAUGUGGCUUGUGCAUCCACUCGCAUUGGUCUAGCGCACCCUACAUUUUUCAACGUCGCACCAUCGUCCAUGUCCGCGCUCCUCCAAGCGCAGUUGGACCUCCUGCAGUUCAAACAGCAUCAACAAGACUCGUUCCUCGCGUCCGUCCGGCAGAAUGCGCGCGCAGCCGCGGACAUGAUCACGCUCAACGUCGGUGGCCAGCGUUUUCAGACCGCCGCCACGAACCUCCUACGACACUCUCCAUCGUAUUUCACCAUGAUGCUGUCCAAUGACUCGCCGCCGCCGCCUCUGCACGAAUACUUUAUCGACGUGGACCCAAUUCAUUUUGACCGGGUGAUGGCGCACCUCCGCACUGGCGACGCGCUGUCGUAUGGCGGUCUGUCGCUGUGGGAAACCCUCCAGCUGCGAAAGACCGUGCGGUACUUGGGCCUGGAACUGCACUGCACGACCACGACCGAGUUUAUGGAGCACAUGACAUCCCUCAAGGCGCCGUCGCCGUCGUCGGCAGCAUGACUAUAUCGACGUCCUUGUUGGAGUAGUGUAUAUAUAUUCGAAAGGUAUGCAGGUCGCGAUGAAACCUUUCGUGUGUCAUAUGUUGCUCCAGUGGCUACGCCAGUUGCUAAGCAUUCAUGCAUUAUGCACAACUUCCAAC